CUCGUCAGCAACAUCAAUGCCUGCCAGGUUAUCGCGGAGGCUGUGCGCACCACCCUGGGACCCCGGGGCAUGGACAAGCUCAUUGUGGAUGACCAGGGCAAAGCCACGAUCUCCAACGAUGGUGCCACCAUCCUGAAGCUCCUCGAUGUAGUCCAUCCGGCUGCGAAGACGCUGGUGGACAUUGCCAAAUCUCAAGACGCAGAGGUUGGUGAUGGUACCACUUCCGUGACUCUGCUCGCUGCCGAGUUCCUGAAACAGGUGAAGCCCUACGUGGAGGAAGGCCUCCAUCCUCAAAUCAUCAUCCGUGCCUUCCGCACGGCAACGCAGCUGGCUGUAAACAAGAUCAAAGACAUUGCUGUUACGGUGAAGAAGGAAGAUAAAGAUGAGCAGAGAAGCCUGCUGGAGAAGUGCGCGGCCACGGCCCUGAGCUCUAAGCUGAUCUCCCAGAGCAAGGAGUUUUUCUCCAAGAUGGUCGUAGAUGCUGUCAUGAUGUUAGACGACUUGUUACAGCUCAAAAUGAUUGGGAUAAAGAAGGUGCAAGGAGGUGCUUUGGAAGACUCCCAGCUGGUGGCCGGAGUCGCCUUUAAGAAGACUUUCUCUUACGCUGGGUUUGAAAUGCAGCCCAAGAAGUACCAGUCCCCCAGGAUCGCCGCAAACACAGUGGAGGAUUACCAGGCCAUCGUGGACGCGGAGUGGAACAUCUUGUACGACAAACUAGACAAAAUCCACAAGUCGGGAGCCAAAGUCGUCCUGUCCAAGCUUCCUAUCGGCGACGUGGCGACGCAGUACUUUGCGGACAGAGACAUGUUUUGUGCUGGCCGUGUCCCGGAGGAGGAUCUCAAGCGAACCAUGAUGGCUUGCGGCGGUUCCAUUCAGACCAGUGUCAAUGCCCUGUUGGAUGAUGUCCUGGGCCGAUGUGACCUCUUUGAGGAGACUCAGAUUGGAGGAGAGAGGUAUAACUUCUUCACGGGCUGCCCGAAGGCAAAGACGUGCACCAUAAUCCUGCGAGGGGGUGCUGAGCAGUUCAUGGAAGAGACGGAACGGUCCCUGCACGAUGCCAUCAUGAUAGUCAGGAGAGCCAUCAAGAACGACUCGGUUGUUGCCGGCGGCGGUGCGAUAGAGAUGGAGCUUUCCAAAUACCUCCGGGACUACUCCCGGACCAUUCCGGGCAAGCAGCAGCUGCUGAUCGGUGCUUACGCUAAAGCCCUCGAGAUCAUUCCCCGGCAGCUCUGCGACAACGCCGGCUUCGAUGCCACCAACAUCCUGAACAAGCUGCGAGCCAAGCACGCGCAGCUCUCGGGUGACUUCCAGAGCUGGGCGUUUUGA